UGGGGUGGAAGAAGAUAGCAGGAAAUGAGAGAGAUGAAGCUGUUCCUGCCCCUCACAGUGUUCCUGAUUGCCUUGAUCUUGCCCCCGUGGUUGGUGGCCACCUUCUCUGCCAUCCCUGGGGAGGUGGAUAACUCUGUGGUGCUGAAUAGCAUGGAGGAAGCCAAGCGACUGGUGGACAAAGCCUACAAGGAGAGGAGAGAAAGAAUUAAGCAGAAGAUGAGGAGCGGAAGAGCAACUGCCAGAGACCUCAUGUCCUUUAUCAAGCAGCCAGUGGCAGGGACCCGGACUGCUGCUCGAGCUGCUGACUAUCUUCAUGUGGCUUUGAACCUUCUGGAGGGAAAGUUGCAGCCAUGGUACCGGAGACCCUUCAACAUCACAGAUGUGUUGACUCCUCUCCAGCUAGAGCUACUAUCCAAGGCCAGCGGCUGUGCCUACCAGGACGUGGCAGUAAAGUGUGAUGACAAGUACAAGUACCGUACUAUCACAGGACAAUGCAACAACAUGAGGAGACCCACUUUAGGAGCAUCUAACAGGGCCUUUGUCCGAUGGUUACCUGCUGAGUAUGAGGAUGGAGUUUCUCGCCCCUAUGGGUGGACAAAUGGGGCAAAAAGAAAUGGUUUCACUGUUCCUCUGGCCCGAGAAGUCUCCAACAAAAUUGUCCGCUUCCCCAAUGAUAAGCUGACCCAAGACCAGGAGAGGGCCCUUAUGUUCAUGCAGUGGGGCCAGUUCAUUGACCAUGACUUGGACCUUACGCCUGAGCCUGUCCUGACCGAGAACUGUGAGCACUCCUGUGCACAGCAGCCCUCCUGCUUCCCCCUCAAGAUCCCACCCAAUGACCCCCGGAUCACCAACAGGAACGACUGCAUUCCCUUCUUCCGUUCCUGCCCAGCCUGUACGGAGGGCAACAUUACCAUUCGCAAUCAGAUCAACGCACUCACUUCCUUCUUGGAUGCCAGCAUGGUGUAUGGCAGCGAGGAACCCCUCGCCCGCCACCUCCGUAACAGGAGCAAUCCACUAGGGCUGUUGGCUGUGAACAAUCAGUUUCAGGACAAUGGGAGGGCCCUCCUGCCCUUUGACAGCCUCCACGAUGAUCCUUGUUUGCUCACCAACCGCAGUGCUCGGAUCCGAUGUUUCUUGGCAGGAGACAGCAGGUCCAGUGAGAUGCCUGAGCUGACAUCUAUGCAUACCCUCUUCCUCCGGGAGCACAACCGAUUGGCUACCUUGCUGAAGCGUAUGAACCCCCAAUGGGAUGGAGAAAAACUGUACCAAGAAGCGAGGAAAAUUGUUGGGGCUCAGAUUCAGAUCAUCACCUACAAACACUAUCUGCCCCUGGUGCUGGGGCCAGCCGCCCUGAAGAAGUACCUGCCUCCUUAUCGGGGUUAUAACGAUUCGGUAGAUCCUCGGAUUGCCAAUGUCUUCACCAAUGCCUUCCGCUAUGGCCACACCCUCAUCCAGCCCUUCCUGUUCCGCCUGGAUGCUCAGUACCGACCCAAGGGGCCCAACCCUAAGGUCCCACUCAGUGAAGUCUUCUUUGCUAGCUGGAGGGUCGUGAGGGAAGGUGGCAUUGACCCAAUUCUCCGAGGUCUCAUGGCCAACCCAGCCAAACUGAACCGACAGAAUCAAAUUGUGGUGGAUGAAAUCCGGGAUAGGUUAUUUAAACAGGUCAUGAGGAUUGGCUUGGACUUGCCUGCUCUCAACAUGCAACGUAGCAGGGACCAUGGCCUUCCAGGAUACAAUGCCUGGAGAAGGUUCUGUGGGCUCCCUCAACCCAAAACAGAAGGUGAACUUAAUACAGUGAUGAAGAAUCAAGAAAUAGCCAAGAAACUGAUGACUCAGUAUGGAACCCCCGACAACAUUGACAUCUGGAUGGGGGGUGUGGCAGAACCCCUGGAGCCCAAUGGCAGGGUGGGGAAACUCCUGGCCUGUCUCAUUGGAACCCAGUUCAAGAACCUUCGAGAUGGAGAUCGGUUCUACUGGGAAAGUGCUGGGGUAUUCAGCACACAGCAGCGCCAAGCAUUGGCCAAUGUUACCUUAUCACGCAUCAUCUGUGACAACACGGGCAUCACCUUAGUGCCGAAGAAUAUCUUCAAGGCCAACAAAUAUCCCAAAGACUUCGUCAACUGUAGCAUGAUUCCUCAACUGAACCUGUCAGCUUGGAGAAACAAGACAGAGUAGUUGGAAAUUUGUUCUGAGCUGCCUCCCCUUAGCGCCCAAGGGGAACAAAUCUUCAUCUUUAGCUGAAUUAUCAGGCAUCAGAUCCUCAUCACACUUAAGGCCCUAGCUCUUCAGGCCAGAGAAGUAUUUGGCAGUGACUUUCUUGGCCAUGGGAGAGGGAAGUGGCUUUCUUCCUGUAACUUGAAUGGCCAGGCUGAAAUCGUCCCAGGCCUGUAGCUGCCCAUGGAGCAAUUCUUCAUCUUGGACCAGAAGACAAAGGUCCCUGUCAGGGAGGGGAAUCUGGGCCAGCAUGACUGAGAUAUGCCAUCUGCUUCUGCUGUCAAUAAAGUAUUGCUGAGAGGA